AUGAGCUCCAGCGGAGCAGCAUCAACGGCUAAGCCUAGCCGGGCUGAAUCGUCGUCACUACAGGCUAAUACGUCUCAAGGAACUUACAAAAUCAUCAUGCCUACGUUACCCAAAGGAGAUAUCUCUCGUAAUACGGUGUUCCUGCAUGCCGACCCGUCGGCGCGACCGUACAAGGUGCAGGAUUUUGUGGAACCGCUUCGAAGGGUCGUCAACAACAAGGACAUCGCAGGAUUUGGAUCAUAUCUAUUCAAUCAUGUUUGGAUCAUCACCAUGCAUUCUGACGAAGAGAAAGAAAAACUGCGGAAAGCAGGUGAGUUGACAGUUAAAGGAAGACGAUGCAUUGUUGUCGACCCGAAUUCCAAUGUGAUAUCCUUGAAGCUACACUGGCUGCCGACAAAUGUUCCAGACGAGGUUGUGCGGCGUGCUUUAUCGUUGUACGGAACAGCAAAAGAAGUUGUGAGAGAAAAAUGGAAACUGCCAGGUCUCGAGGGAGUAGAAACGACGACACGUUCCGUGGUCUUGCAUCUCAAGGAAGGUUGCACGACGGAAAGCAUCCCUUAUCAACUAAAAAUUAUGGGAGCGACGGUGCUCGUGUCUGUACCGGGGAAGGCACCUUUAUGCUUGCGGUGCAAGCAGGUCGGACACAUACGAAGUCAGUGUCGAACUGAAUACUGUAGAACAUGUAAAGGUUUUGGGCACAUUGCUGAGGAUUGCGUCCGUACCUAUGCCGCAAUGACAAGGGGUGCAGUGGAAAAACCAAACGCAGACAUGGUAAUGGAUGUGCAGGACACAGAGGCUAAUAUGCAAGACAAUGAAGAGCCAGUGCAGAAAGCAGGCACUUCCGACAGCGGAGAGACUGAAAAUGAAGUUGUGGAAACGGCGCAGGAGACUGACAAGGAACGACAGGGAAAGGAGCCGCAGCGAAUGGACUGGUCUCGAGAAGAGGACCCGCUAGGAAAAAGGAAAGGGACUGAUACUGAAGAAAAGGUGGGAGACGCAAGGCAGGACCAAUCCGGGAAGUGGCAAACUCCAUUGAACAAGAAAUCGAGGCAGGGGCAUCAGUCUAUGACACAGUUGCCACUAGAAGAAGCCGGGUCAUCCCAGCUCGAUGACCCGGGGUUUUUUUGA